CAAAUCGCGAAAAAAUGGGGAACGAUGGAGGUUCCAUUCCGUCCAGAAAGCUUAUUGUGAACUUCUAUGCUUCGGACAAAGCGAAGGACAAAGGCAAGACGUUUAACGCCUUUACUGUUUGCGCCUUAUCCAAUGAAAAACUAAACCCUCCUGUUGUCUCAGACUACAGAGGCCAGCUUUUUAACAAGGACUCGCUUCUUGAAUUUCUUCUUAAUAAAGAGUAUCUGAAAAAUGAGAGGUUUGGCCACAUUACGUCCCUCAAAGACGUCGUGCAGCUCAAUAUCAAACUGGAUGGAAAUAAACUAAAGUGCGAACUUACUUCUUCGGAGUACGACAUUACGUCUACUGUAUUGCCCAAAUUUGCAUAUGUGGUACCCUGUGGAUGUGUGAUGCUGAAGAAGAACUUGCUUUCUCUUCUAUCUUCCACAAAGCUUGGAGAAUACGCUAUAACACGAUGUCCAAUUUGCAAUACCGAGUUUUUCAGUCGCGACGUGAUCGAAAUAGAACCAGACGAGGAUGAGUUACGUAUUUUGGAAAAACGCAUGAAGCUGUUGGAGACAGAAGGGCUACACCACUCACUCAAAGCCAGAAAGAGACGAAAGUCUGUGUCCGGGGAGAAAAGCGCUAAAAGAAGCAAGAGUAAAAGCGCAAAGCCUUGACCGCUUUGUAUGGUAUUCCCAAAACUAUGUACAUUAUUGGCUAAUCUUGUUCCGCCUGUUUUGCCUGCAAUUCCUUUUGUAAGGCGAGUCUUUUCUCGUUUUCCUUGCCUGUCAUAUAUAACGUGUAACCGACAUUAGCGGUCAUAUAGAGCGACAAUCCAACAAGU